CUCGAAAAGACCCCAGGUACGAAUCUACCUGUGGCAGAGCAUUUAAAACGCUGGCAGUGGUGGUCCCACCUUGACCUUGCUGAUCGAGGCGCCAUGUGACGGUGCUAUGGCGCACCUUGAAACAGCAUUCUUCAGCACAUUGAUAUGAGCAGGCGGUUGUUAGAACCUCAAUGGCGUGGGGCUAUGGCGGACAGGUCCUGAGCGCCGAGGAUAGCGGAGGUUCCACAGUGGCCGGGUUCCCACCUGCUUAUGCCACUGGAAGCUUGACGCCAAUUGCUGGUUGCCCAAACAUGCGCUACCUUGGAACCAUGAGCAAUGCAGGGCCACACUGCAGUAGUCCUGAUUUGUGCUCGCCAGACAGGUAUUACGAAGAUCAUAAUGCACGCUGUAACGCAGAGCUGCAAAGUACGGCACAGGAUCUCGAGCCCGUCUCCGAUUCCUUCCUAGGAGUGUCUAGGAAGGAAGCUGUCUUAGGCACUGCCAACCCGCUGUUUGACCAGAGCCGCUCGCCAAGCGAAAUUGACCUGCAUUCGGGCGGUGCCAGGUUGGUAGAAGGUGCAAGGCCAAGGAGCUCCGGCAGCCUAAGUCCGUCCUCAUACACUGAGGGACUCUUCGGCGUGAGAAGGCCCCCUCGCUCACCACUGAGGGGAUUCAUGACCGCCAGGCAGAUAUUCAGUACUCCUGAGAGAGACCGUUCUGACGAAACAGAUGACCUUUGUCAGUUUGCUAGCCCUUGGCAAGGAGAUAGCGGAAGGGAUGGGACACCCGGCGGUGCACGGGAUUUUAGCGGUUGCGUCCAGGAAAGACAAGCUACUCUGGGUUUGAGCUUCUGGGAACGCAUUGAGCUAGCGAAGAGUGGAAAGUUUGAUAACAAAGUUCAGGGAGAGACGGACGCAAAAGGGGGGGCACUUCCAAUUCCUUUUGGUUCUCUGGAGGCUAGCUUCCAAACACCAUCUGGCGACAGUUUGCCACUGGCGGAGCCCUUUGAGCCACCGGCUGCAGAGGAGCAAGCCUUAAAAACGGCAGGCAGUGGGCUGAGUUCGUUGACAGCAGUGGCGGGAGUGAGUGAGUUGCAGCAGUUUUCAGAAAGACUGAGGGCCGAGGCGGCAGCAAUGGAUGACAUGACGAGCACUGAGUUGGCCGGAGCUGCGGGGAUUGGACGGUACAGGUUGAGUGAAGGUGGUCACCUGGUGGGGCAGGCUGGUGCCACAUCUGGUGGUAAGAGCGAGGCUGCGUGGACGACGACGCUUGCAAAACAGGGGGCAAGGACAUCAGAGUGGGGGAACGAGGAUGUUGAGGCGCCAGGGGGACAUCCCCACGAUAGCAUGCGAGCUAUCGUGCACAGGAUCUUGAGCAAGGGCAAGCGGCAGACAAUCCAUGUCGCUUUGCCGCUCGGGGGUACUGCGACAUGGACAACAGGUGGCGCUGCGCUUCAGGAAGCGUAUCGAGAAGAAGAGGAUCUUGAUGCUUGGGCUUGGGAAGAUGUCUGCUAUCCUUCAGAAUCUCCAAGCAGUCCAGCGCUGACAUCGUAUUGUGCUGCCCCAUCCUUUCUAGAUGUACGGAAACAGACGCUGAAGAAUGUAGAGAAAGGCGCAAAGUCGUCUCUGUAUUGCGGAUAUGUGGACGAUCUCGUCCACAAGGUAUUUUAUCGAGGCACUUUGACUCAAGGGUCACAAGGCCCCCCCCCCUCCCAUGGCCUUGUCAUCCCAAAAAUGGCCGUCAAGGCCCUGAGCCAGUCGCUCACCAACUGGGUCAACAUUUUGGAGUAG